UAGAUACAGUGAGGAACAACAAGAGAACUCUGCGGGGUUAUUGUUUAUUUCACACAUAUCUGUAUGCAGGUCCCACUGCUGCCGCAUGUUAAAACGGGGUCGCUGUAGUUGAGAUUUUGUCUAUUUUUCUGCUCCGGAUUGGCACCGAUUGACAGAUAGUUGAGGAGAAAGACAGAGAUCUCACUCCGAUAUAAUCUCCAUCCACCAGACAUAAGGCAGAGACUGGAGGAGUCCAAUGCAGCCGUGCAUAUUAGACCAAAAUCUAUUUAGGUCAACAGAUAGAUUGCUUUAUUUUUUAUUUAUUACAUACAGAAAUGUGGUGCUUUGGACAUCGUUGCAAAGACGUAAUACUAGCUGCCACCAAAUGAAUGCAGUUCCUCUUUGAGUAAAUCUCGAAAUAAAACUACACUUAAAAAAGGAAGUGUAGGCUUAAAUGUGUAUUGAAAGAUCUAUUGGAAGAAAAUAAGGUACCACGGCGACAUAUAUCGAAUCGGUCUUGAAAGUGGGCAAGGUUUUUUUGCUCAGGGAUGCGUCAUCCUCACGAAAGAAAGACGAUCUUUGUCGCUGCUGUUUUUUUGACAGCGGCGGGGGAGCUGGUGAGGAGAGCGGAGGAGCCGUGUGGACCACAGCUUGCUGCUGCAGCGGCUGAGUGGGGAACGCACACACACUGGCCAGGCACGGUCAUUCAAACACACACACACUCACACCUCAUCAUUUUCUACAGCAUCAUCAUCACACACACACACUGCCGGGAGAGAAAACAGCAGCCGGUUUGCAGCAGACGGUUUGAAUCACCUCCUUGAGACGGGCAGCGGCUGAGAUUAAAUCCUCACAGUGCGGAUCCAGACUGCUACACUUCUGUAGACCGGCCUGAACGCGUUGUUGAAUCUGGGCAAAGGGUUUUCAUCCCGACACACCCGACCAUGGACAGGAACAGGAAGUGGGUGCCGAGCUUCGGAGCCGUGCUAUUGAUACUCUUGAGUCACAUGACCUCAGCACUGGAGGUGCCUCUUGAUCCUAAAGUACUGGAAGGAUUGCCUCAACCCCCCACUAUAACGCUACAGUCCCCGAAGGAUUACAUCUUUGAUCCGCGGGAGAACAUCGUCAUCCACUGUGAGGCCAAGGGGAAGCCUCAUCCCAGCUUUUCGUGGACGAGAAACGGGACUCACUUUGAUGUUGAGCAAGACUCCAAAGUCCUGAUAAAGCCAGGUUCGGGAACUCUUGUCAUUGACAUCAGCGGGGAAAAGGCUGAGGCCUAUGAGGGAACGUAUCAGUGUACGGCACACAAUGAGCAUGGCACCGCUGUAUCCAACAGCAUUGUCAUCAGACAGUCCAGGUCCCCCUUGUGGUCGAAAGAGAGAAAUGAGGCAAUCGUGGUGCAGAUGGGGGUCUCCCUGGUGCUGCAGUGCCGACCCCCUGCGGGGCUGCCCCCUCCUGUCAUCUUCUGGAUGGAUAAUAAUUUCCAGAGGCUACUGCUGGAUAAGCGAGUGUCCCAGGCUCUGAACGGAGACUUGUACUUUUCCAAUGUUCUUCGAGAAGACACCAGGAGCGACUACAUCUGCUAUGCUCGCUUCCCUCACACACAAACCAUCCAGCAGAAACAGCCCAUCUCAGUCACCGUGGUGGACAACAGCCCAGAGGGGGAGCGUCGCCCCGGUUUCAUGAUGCCUCUGGGCACCACCAGCACCAAGAUGGUUCUGAGAGGGGAGACUCUGGAGCUGGAAUGCAUUGCUGACGGCUUACCCACUCCAGAGAUCUCCUGGCAGAAGGAUGGAGGAGAGCUGCCGAGCAGCAGGAUGUCCUUUUAUAACUUCAAGAAAACGCUCAAGGUUUCUGAUGUGAAUGAAGCUGAUGGUGGGAACUACCGCUGUACAGCCACAAACAACCUGGGCACUCUACACCACAUCAUCAAGGUCACUGUCAAAGCGGCUCCUUUCUGGGUCAGCGCUCCCAGGAACCUGAUCCUCGCCCCGAACGAGACCGGCAUCCUGACUUGUCGAGUUAAUGGAGAACCCAAACCUAAGAUUACCUGGUUUGUCAAUGGAGUAUCCCUAGAGAACGCACCUGAGGACCACAGUCGGAAGGUGGAUGAUGACACUGUGAUUCUUAGCAACGUGCAGUCAGGGUCCAGUGCCGUCUACCAGUGCAACGCAUCCAAUGAAUUUGGUUACCUGAUGGCAAACGCUUUUGUCAACGUUCUUGCUGAGCCACCAAGGGUGCUUACUCCACCUAACCGAGUGUACCAGGUCAUCACCAACAACCCUGCAUUACUUCACUGUGCCUCAUUUGGCUCACCGAUACCAACUAUCACAUGGUUCAAAGACAUUCAGACCAGCGUUAAGAAUGGUGACCCUUAUGUGAUCCAUGAAAACGGUACAUUGGAGAUCCACGUGGCCCAGCCAUUAAACAGCGGAAAGUACACCUGCAUUGCCACCAACAACUUGGGGAUCAAGGAGAACCAUGUCUACCUGGAAGUUAAAGAGCCCACACGUAUCCUAAAGCAGCCAGAGUACAAGGUGGUGCAGAAAGGAAUGAGGGCAGUGUUCGAGUGUAAAGUCAAACACGACCCAUCCCUCAUUCCCACCAUGACAUGGCUCAAAGACAAUGGAGAGCUGCCUGACGGGAGGUUUGAGGUGAACGUGGACAGUCUGACCAUCAAUGACGUGACCGAUGGAGAUGAGGGCACCUACACCUGCAUCAUGAACACCACCCUGGACCAGGACUCAGCCAGUGCAAUGCUGACUGUCGUCGAGGCUACUCCUACUCCAGCUAUUGUCUACGAGAAACCGGACUCUCCAACUGAUUUGGAACUGACUGACCAGACAGAGAGGAGCGUUCAGCUCACCUGGAUCCCCGGAGACGAACACAACAGUGCCACACAGAAGUUUCUGAUCCAAUACGAGGAUCUGCUCCACCAGCCAGGAGUUUGGAUCAACCUGACGGAGGUUGCUGGUACUAGCACCACGGCGCAGUUAAACCUCUCCCCGUACGUCUACUACUCCUUCAGAGUCCUGGCUGUGAAUCACGUUGGCUACAGCCAGCCUAGCCAGCCCUCAAGCCAAUACAGGACCAACCCUGCCGCUCCCGAUGAAAAUCCAUCAGAUAUUCAAUGUGUAGGAACAAAGCCUGGCAACUUGGUCAUCUCGUGGACAUCGUUGACAGGAUUUCAGGCUAACGGGCCCGGUCUGGAGUACAAAGUUCAGUGGAGACAGAAGGACAUGGAUGAGGAUUGGUCCUCAAAGAAUGUGGCCAACGUUUCACAGUUCGUUGUGUCUGGAACACCUAUUUACGUGCCCUACGAGGUCAAGGUUCAAGCUUUGAAUGAUUAUGGCAGCGGCCCUAAGCCUGAAGUGGUGAUAGGACACUCUGGAGAAGACUUGCCUUUGUCGGCUCCUGAUAGUGUGCAGAUCAUGGUUACCAACAGCACGCUUGCAGAAGUGCAGUGGGAGCCCGUUUCUUUGCCCUCAGUUAGAGGAAAACUUCAGGGUUACAAGGUAUACUACCGACGGGAGCGCGGCUUGCAUGACACAGAGGAGGAGACGGAGCAGCAGGAGCAAGUUUUGACGUUCAGUGGGAAUCGAAGCGAGGGACGCCUGCCAGGCCUCCAGCCUUACAGCCGCUACAACCUCACCAUCAGAGUCCUUAAUAACAAAGGAGAAGGGCCUCCCAGCCCCAGCAAGAAAUUUGAUACACCUGAGGGAGUCCCAGGGCCUCCUUCUUUUCUGAAUGCUGUAAACACUAGUUUAGACACUCUCACUCUGGAAUGGGGCCCACCAAGGAACAACAAUGGCCGGCUCGCUGGGUACACACUGAAAUACCAACCAGUCAACACCACCAAUGAACUGGGGCCAGUUAAGAUCAUGGCCUUGCUAGCCAACGAGACCACCAUUACCCUGGGCAACCUGAACUCCAGCAUGCUCUACAAGUUUUACUUAAGUGCAAAGACGAUCAAGGGCUCCGGCCCCAUCAUCACAGAGGAGGCCUUCACAGUCAUGGACACAACCCGUACUCAGCCCACUGUAGAGAUGGGCAAAGGCCCUACAGAGCCCCCUCACCCAACCUCCCCCAUCACUCAGUCUCCGCAUCCCCCGUUUCACAAGGUGCCGCCUGUCGGCCCUGCAUUUGGCAAAGUUAACACGUCCAUGUCGGAGGACGGUGCAGUGAUCAGUUGGGAUUACUUUGGACACCAUAAGAAUGUAUAUGUGGAGUAUAUUGUAGAAAACAGUAAAGAGGACUGGAUAAAGGAGUUGGUAAACGGUUCACACUGGCAUAUGAUAAAAGGUUUAAAGCCGGGGACGUCCUAUAAGGUGCGUGUGGUAGCUAGAGACCCGGCUGACCCGACGGUCCACAGCACAGACGAAGUGUUGGUUGCGGUGCCAGCUGUACCCAGCCGACAGGUAGACAUUGCCACCCAGGGCUGGUUCAUUGGCCUGAUGUGUGCCAUCGCUCUCCUCAUCUUGGUCCUUCUCAUAGUGUGCUUUAUCAAGAGGAACAAGGGUGGAAAAUAUCCAGUGAAAGAGAAAGAAGAUGCUCACCAAGACCCAGAGAUCCAGCCUAUGAAGGAGGAUGAUGGGACAUUUGGAGAGUACAGUGACACAGAGGACCACAAGCCGCUGAAGGGCAGCCGGACGCCGUCCAACGGGACGGUGCGCCGCGACGAGAGUGACGACAGCCUGGUGGACUACGGGGAGGGCGGGGACGGACAGUUCAACGAGGACGGCUCCUUCAUCGGCCAGUACAGCGGCAAGAAAGAGAAAGACACGCACGAAGGCAACGAGAGUUCGGAGGCCCCGUCGCCCGUCAACGCCAUGAACUCGUUUGUCUAACGAGGGGCCCGCGGCCUGGCUGCGACGGUCGCUACGGCCACUCCUUGUCACCCUGGCAAGUGUGACCAUCCCCUGUGGUGACAUUUGCUAAGGUGACUGUCGUUGUGGGCACCUACUUCCACCACGAUGGCUGUCACUCUGGUGGCACCUUCUUAUGGCUACCUGUCACCAAGACUGCUGACACGCCCCUCAUCUCCACACCCGCCAGCCCCCCUGUCACACUGUGACCUCUUCUUAUCUGCACACACACUCAACAUGGCAAAGACACCGCAUCCCCCCAUAACCACUGAAAGAAGGUGUGAACCGAGGGAUGUGAGAACUCCGAGAAGAGGGAAGGAGAGAGGAAGCAAUAUAGAAAAGCAGAAGGAAUGUACCAGAGAGUUAUACCACUCAGACUGAGCAGAAGUGUGUGCGUGUGUGUCUGUGUUAGUGCCAUUUGAUCUCCUUUGCGAAUAUACUAAACAUGAUGUAUCCAAAUAUAGAUUUUAUCAAAGUACAGUACGUGACAUGCAGGCAGGCAAAUAUGCAUUGAAUCACGUUCGUAAACAUCUGCAUGGAGUAAAUCAUGAUUCUAUGAAGCAUUUUGACCACCUUCGUGUUGCAGAGGUUAGCUGUGUGUUCAGACCUGUAUAUGGUUCACGCCUACUAGCGACUGGGUAUUCCUUUUAUUGUUUGAGUCAGUGUUAAAUGGCGUAUGAUAUAUAGAGGAAGAAAUGGUCUUUGGCAGGGUCUUUUUUGAUACCGCUGGGAAAAUGUGUGACUCAAAAAUGGAGGCUAGCAUGUCUUUUUGAGACAUAUGAAGUGUUUGUAUAUAAGAAUAAUAUUUCAAGGUGGGGGUUAUCCAUUUGUAGUCAUUGGAAACCUGGCUUGAAACACUUUGAACACAGCGUUCAGUCACCAGCCAGCCAGCCAACCAGAACUCCCACACUUAAUCCAAUUAGCUUGUUUUUAGCCACAUGUUUUCUCAAGCUUUCUUUUAUUGCUUGCCUUUCUUUUUUCUUUUUUUUUGGCUUUCCCCUCCCGAUCCGUUACUUUUACACCGAGCCUAUGCUUCCUGCUACUGAGCACCAACUGAACACAAGCGGAGCUGUGAUUGAUCCAGUGUCAUUAUCAAGUGCUUCCACCCCCCCCGAAUUGCGGCCACUGUGCAGCCUUUUCUCUUAGGCGAUCGUGGCAUUGACAGAGCGACCCAACAGUGUCUCCAAUGCCACUUCUGUAAUAGCAGAAAGAGAGAGGAGAGGAUUACGUACAAUGGGUGCACCUGAACAGGGUUAAGUGGUACACACUUUAGUUUCCGGAUGUUUAGAUUUUGGUGAUCAACAAACCUCUCAGCGCAGUUUCUAGUGCCUUCGUAGAGAACAGUGACUUAGACCCACAGAGUUACAUCCCUCUUCAUACAUGGGACAGACCUGGGAUCAGUGCAGUUCCUAAGACUCCAUGAAUAUUUUGCAUACAGUCUACCACCCCAUAUUACUCACAAGACAACUGGGAAGAACUCUGUUUUAUAAUGUGUUCAUAAGGGCACAUUAAAGCUUUAUCUUGUGUGAUCUCAGUUUGUGAAGCAUCCAUGUGGGCUUACGAACUUAAAAUAGCCUCUUUGAGUCUCACUUUGAGGUCCAGGGAUCCUACACAGGUGUGAAAGCUAAUUAAAAAGUGAAUUUAAAUUUUUUUUUCCUUUUUCACACUUGUACACUGGUAUUAGUCGUGAGGACUAAUUUUCAGCUAUGGAUUGUUAUGGCCUUGUUGACAAUCAUACACUCAGUUAUCAUCAGCCCGUAUACAAACACACCGGCAGAUCAUACCAUCCCGCUAUAGGAGUUAAAGCAAAUGUGUGGGAUAUUAAAAAUGUGUAGGAAACCUGAGGUCAGAGCAUAUUCAUGUCAAACAUUCUCCUCCUAACAUUCAUCUUGAGGUGGAGCCCCUGCUCCAGCAGCACUAAACUACUGCCAACCUACUCACCAGGUAACUGCCAACGGGAGCCAGACUCGCCCUCUGGCACAGACUACUGUUGGAACGAGACUUACUGUCACUGGUAGCACUUAGAAAUGAAAGGGGUCGGAGGAUUGCGUAAUGAUACGGAAUUGUGGAAACAAGUAUCUGUUUAUGUGGAUGAAAAUAUUGCUUGUUUCACUGCAAAUGGUAAACACACUGGUGACUUUGGUUUAUGCAUUUAACCUUAUAUCUGUGUAUGUUGUCUCGUUCUGAGCGCAGCACUCGGUGAGUUUUCUAUUCCUGUAAAUGAAUGAAGCUUGUGUGUGAAUGUCUGGGUGCACAAGUGCGCGUACAGUGUGUGUCUGUGUGUGUGUGUGUGUGUGUGUGCGGCACAUGCAUGGUACUGUGUUACAGCGUGCGUGAUGUAUAAUAUCACUUUUCCAUGGAUAACGGUCUUUAAUUCGGAUGUGUGUGUCUUCUCUCAACGGGAGAUACGAGAGCUUUUUUUUUUUCAGAGAACAUUUCCACGUCUUAGGUUUAUCAUAACUUGCAUCAAGUUUUUACGUUGCGAUGUGUCAGCUUUCCACAUGUAGAUAUUUUGUUGUAUUCAGUAAAUAAUGGCUUGACUUGAGAGCAGAUGUUUUUGAGGUCAGA